AUGUUUUGAAUUAUUUUCGUAUUGAAAUUGUCAAAAUGUCAGUCAAUUUUAAAAUUAUUUUGUGUAUUUUCUUCACUUAUUUGUUUGUAAAUUUGAACGCAUCUCCUAUUUCUAAAAACAACCAAGAACUAUAUGAUGUUCCAACGAAAUCUCUCAAUAAUCAGCAUCAAGCCUUGAUGUCAUCAAACCAGAGCUUAGAUUCGCUUUAUCGAAUAACAGGGGGUUAUCGACCUUCCGAACAUGUAGUAUCAAUCAGGAGGAAGAAUCGAUUCAAUGCCAUGUUAAAUAAAUACUUUGGCUCCGGGCACAUGUGUGGAGGUGCAAUCCUAAAUUCCAGGGUAAUUUUGACUGCGGCUCAUUGUUUGAAAUCGGUAUUCAAGAAAGACGAACGGCCAUCCAGUUUGGAGGUGGUAGCCAAAACCCCAAAACGUUUAAACAAAACUCCGGUAACACAAGUUCUCACGGUCAGCGAAGUUAUAACACAUUCGGAAUAUAGUCCCAAGACUAAUCACAAUGAUAUCGGUAUACUUAAAUUAAUGGAGGACAUUAUUUUCGACAAUAAGUGGGCGGAUAAAAUUGCACAGCCCAACAAGCCACCCAUUGCUGAAACGAGUUGCACUGUCUUGGGUUGGGGUAAAAUGUAUGAGCGUGGUCCAAUGCCAAAUGAAGUUUUAUACAUAAAUGUUGUAAUUCACAAGAACUCGUACUGUCACCUGGUAUUUCCUGAUUUGAGUGAGAAGCAAAUAUGUGCCGGUGAUGCGAAGCAUGAGCAAAGGGAUGCAUGUAUGGGAGAUUCUGGUAGUCCGUUAAUAUGUGAUGAUGUCGUUGUUGGCAUAGUUUCCUUUGGCCAUGGCUGUCACCAAAAGCAUCCCACGGUUUAUUCCGAUGUAUUUUAUUAUUUGGACUGGAUCAAGGAAAAUCAUGGUGUGACUUCAUAUGGGUCUUGUUCAGUCAUAUUUUUCAUUUUUGCCAUGCUUUCGAUAUUCUUUCUAUAAUUUGUCGCAACAUGUA